UUUUCUAACUCCCAUCAAAGUUUAACUGAAUCACGCUCUCUCGCUCUAUCAUUUGCCCAAUCUAAAUUUCAACUUAUUUUACUUUGAUUUUCCUUGACUUUUCUUUCGGCACCGACUCACCCGCUUUCACUUGAUGCACACCAGAACUAUUGUCGCUCUGUGUGGACCGCCGCAGCAAAGUUUAACUCGUGGUUUCUUCACAGGAUGGCCGCUUGCAGCAGAUCAUUGAGUCGGGCGACAUGGAGCAGCUGGCCGAGAUAGUGCUGAAUGGCGAGGGCGGACGGCUGUUGGGUCUCAAGUCCAAGGAGCCGGAAAUUCAGGCCUUUCUCAACAACGUGCCCAGCUACAUGGAGAAAAUCCAUCGCGUGCAUGAUGCGGCACGUGACGGCAGUUUGUUGGCGCUGCAGCAGGCGCUGGAUCGCCGGAAGUUUGCCAUUGCUAAGGACGACAUAUCACCAAAUGGCGCCACGCCGUUGCACGUUGCCGUCCUCUUUGGCCACAGCGAUAUCGUACGCUAUUUGGCUUCACGCUUUCCGGAGACCAUGGCAAUUACGGAUAAUGACGGACGCACGCCGCUGCACUAUGCGGCCACAAUUAAGGACAACGGCCACUUCUACAAUGUCCUCACGCAGCUGGGCGCCGAUCCAAAAGCGCAGGACAAGCUGGGCCAUACGCCCGAGUUCUAUGUGGAUAUGGAGAAGUCGAAAGAUGUGCUCACCUACAGUGAGCUGCUGACCGUAUUUGGGGCCGAGGAGCUGGAGAACCAGUUGCUCAGCGAUCAAGUGCCCGAUGAUCUGCACAGCGCUCGUCGUGAGCUCCAGGAUGGCGAAAUUGCGCGAACUCUCGAACGUUGCUACAGCGUCAUUACCGAGUCCGGGAAGCUGUUGAGCGCCUCGACCGCCUCGGCCUUGUCGCAUCGCAAGCCCUUGAGUGCCUCCUCGCUGCAGCUGUCCGUGACGAGCUAUUUGAGUCGGUUCCUCAAGCGGCCCGUCUACGAGAAGAUAAAGCGCCGGCAAACGCGCCUGGAUCACAAUCUCUUCGAUGUGCUGUGGCCGGCGAUGCGCAAGACGUCGAAGCUGCGCCACCUGGAGGAGGACAUCAAUUGUGGCAUUAUAGCGCCCGAUUUCGAUGUGUUUGUGGUGUUUCAGGAGUUUCUGGUGCCGCUGCUCAAGGACAUGCACUGCCUGAGCAUCGAUGCGGAAUUCAAGCCGCAUCCGCGACUCGCCUACUUUCCCAUGGACAACGGCGAGCGUCUGAAUACGGCCGCAUUUGUCUACGACGACGAGUCGCAGCUGGUGACGCGUUGCAUUGUGGAGGCAUCACGGAAUCUGGACCAGCUGGAGCUGCCCCUCAAUCUUACCAUUGGCCAGAUCGAGCAGGCCGAACGCCUCAUGAUGGGCCGCAUAUUUACGGCCAGCUUUGCCGAGGCCAUUGGCGAAACGGAAUCGGGCAGCUACUAUACGCUGACAGAGCUCAUGGAGCCAGACUCGGAGGUGGCCAAGCUGCUGGGCAGCCUGGGCCUAAUGAUACCCCUGCUCGAUGACAAGGAUCUGGUGCAGGCAGCCGAGUCGACGGCCUUCAAUGGCGCACUGUGGCCCUAUGGCCGCGGUGUCUACGUCAACUCCGCCCACAAUAUGGCGCUGUGGCUCAACUGUCAGGAGCAUCUGCGCGUCAUCUCGGCCAGCAGUGGCAAGGAUCCGGCGGAUAUGGGCGCCGCCUACACCCGGGUGGGUCGCGCCGUCACCUAUCUGGAGACACAGCUGCACUUCAAGGAGAGCUAUCUGCUGGGCUAUCUGCAGUCGCGGCCAGCCUAUCUGGGCACUGGCCUCAAGAUGACCACCAUUGUGAAGCUGCCCAAUCUGAUGAAGGAGCUGGAUAACUUACGUCACCUGUGCUCCGUGCGCGGUCUGAGCAUGGUGACCAAUCGCCUGUCCAAGCUGACCGUGCGCUUGAUCAACAUGCAGAGCAUGGGCGUUGUGGAGUAUGUCCUGUUCCAGGACUAUUGCACCGCCGUCACCAAUAUCCUGUCGCUGGAGAAGGACAUGUCGUUAACGAACUCCAAGCAUAUUGCCACCAUGCUGGUGAAGAUCUUCAAGCGCAAAAAGAAUAGCAUUAUCGAUCGAAACUAAUCAAAGAAGCCAACCGCAAAAGAAACCAAAUGAAAAGCACAAUUCAUACAUUAAUCAAAUUUAAUUUGUAUUGUAAAUACAACCGAGCACAACAAACUAAAACUACUCAAACUCAAAUUGUAAUGUAUAUAUAUAUAGAUAAACAUAUAUACAGCUACUCGAUCGAUACAUAGAGCUUACAAACAAACAAAAAUAAAAUAAAAUAAAAUAAACCGUUUUAAUUAAAUACCAAAAACCACAUCCUCAGCUUCGGCCGCAACGUCGCACGCAAAAAGUUUUCAUGAGAUACACGUCAGUCGCAGCCCGUUACCUUUCAGGCCAAUCCCAUCUUCAAGACGGAACAGGGCAAAUAUCUGGCAGACACUCUCGCCGAUCCGUUGAU